AUGGGACCAGGUUUAGCACAGGCCAGAGUUCAGGUCCUGUGGUGUCCAGUCGGGAACCUGCUGUGUCCCUCCCGGUCCUUUCCCACUGGCGGCGAACACCCUGCGCGGGGCUGUAUCCUGGGUGUCCGUCGGUGCUGCCCUCAGCUCAGGGACCCUGUGUGGCACCUGGCUCACGGUACCUCCCUACUCGGUCUGUGAACCAAGAGUUGCUGCUUUUGAUUGUCCCCAAAUGUUUCCGUGACUACGACUCAGUAAGAGGUGUGUGGGGAUGUGGUGCGCUUUUCUUCAGAGUGUCCGUCGUUCACACUAGUCUGUAACCCGAGAGCGAAACACAGCGUUUUCCUUUUUAAUGUGCGUGGUUUCUCUUAAGGUGAUCCAGCUCCUCAAGGCUGGGAAGGCUAAGGAAGUGUCCUACAACGCACUGGCCUCACACAUCAUCUCGGAGGACGGGGACAACCCGGAGGUCGGGGAGGCCCGCGAGGUCUUUGACUUACCUGUCGUGAAGCCGUCCUGGGUGGUCCUGUCGGUGCAGUGCGGAGCCCUCCUGCCAGUAAGCGGCUUUUCUCCCGAGUCCUGUCAGACCUUUUUUGGAGUCACCGCCUGCUUGUCUCAGGUGUCCCCUGAAGACCGGAGCGCCCUGUGGGCCCUGCUCACCUUCUACGGCGGCGCCUGCCAGCUGAGCCUCAACAAGAAGUGCACCCACCUGGUCGUCCCGGAGCCCAAGGGGGAGAAGUACUCCUGCGCCCUGCGGCGGGCGAGCAUCAGAAUCGUGACCCCCGACUGGGUGCUGGACUGCGUGGCGGAGAAAAGCAGAAAGGAGGAAGCGCCCUAUCACCCCCGCCUGAUCGUCUACGAGGAGGAGGAGGCGGGGGAGGAACAGGAGCGCGACUCCCCCGAGGGCAGCACCGACGACAAGUCGAGCCCGGCCAGCUCGCGGGAGGGGUCCCCGUCGGGGGACCAGCAGUUCUCGCCCAAGUCGAACCCCGAGAAGGCCAAGGGAGAGCUGAUGUUCGACGAUUCCUCAGACUCAUCCCCCGAGAAACAGGAGAGGAACCUGAACUGGACGCCCGCGGAAGUCCCCCAGGUGGCGGCGGCGAAGCGCAGGCUGCCCGCGGGCAAGGAGCCCGGCCUCAUCAACCUGUGUGCCAACGUGCCGCCUGUGCCCGGGGGCAUCCUGCCCCCCGAUGGCCGCGGGGGCCUGAUGGCCGCGGGGCCCAGCCUCCAGAGCUCAGAGCGGCCGGAGAUGCUGGCGGCCUGGAGCCCCGCCGUGCGGACGCUGAGGAACAUCACCAACAGCGCGGACAUCCAGCAGAUGGGCCGGCCCUCCAACGUGGCGCACAUCUUACAGUCCCUCUCGGCGCCUACGAAACACAUGGAGCAGCAGGCGAGUCACAGCCAGCAGGGCCACGCCGGCGCCGGCGCCGUGCUGUUCAGCCAGGUGAAGGUGGCCCCGGAUCCGCAGCUGCCCCCGCAGCCGUCGCCGCACCCCGUCCUGCACCUGCCGCCCCAGCAGAUCAUGCAGCUCCAGCCGCCGCCGCAGAUCCCGCCCCAGCCGCCGCACCCCUUCCCGCAGCCCCAGCCAGUCCCUCCGCACCCCUUCCCGCAGCCGCAGCAGCACCGCCCGCAGCAGCUCCAGCCCUUGCAGCAGCAGCAGGCCCUGCAGCAGCAGCUGCACCAGCUGCAGCAGCAACAGCUGCAGCAGCAGCAGAUGCAGACGCACGCGGCCCAGCACCUGGGCCAGACGCCGCAGGCCCUGCAGCACCAGGCUCCGCCCCCCCAGCCCCUGCAGCACCAGCCGCACCAGCCGCACCAGCCGCACCUGCCCCACGUGUCCCACCAGCCGCACCAGCCGCACCAGCCGCAGCCGCCACCCCAGCUCUUUGGACACGACCCUGCAGUGGAGAUCCCCGAAGAAGGCUUCUUGCUGGGGUGUGUGUUUGCCAUCGCGGAUUACCCCGAGCAGAUGUCCGACAAACAGCUGCUGGCCACCUGGAAAAGGAUAAUCCAGGCGCACGGCGGCACCGUGGACCCCGCACUUUCCAGCCGCUGCACGCACCUGCUCUGCGAGAGCCAGGUCAGCGGGAUGUUUGCACAGGCCGUCCGGGAGCGGAAGCGCUGUGUCACGGCCCACUGGCUCAACACCGUGCUGAAAAGGAAGAAGAUGCUGCCCCCCCACCGCGCCCUGCACUUCCCCGUGGCCUUCCCCCCGGGGGGCAAGCCCUGCUCCCAGCACAUUAUUUCUGUGACCGGAUUUGUGGACGGUGACAGAGACGACCUGAAGCUAAUGGCCUACCUGGCAGGUGCCAAAUACACAGGCUACCUGUGCCGCAGCAACACAGUCCUCAUCUGCAAAGAGCCAACGGGUUUAAAGUAUGAGAAAGCCAAAGAGUGGCGGAUCCCCUGCGUGAACGCCCAGUGGCUCGGGGACAUCUUGCUGGGGAACUUCGAGGCCCUGCGGCAGAUCCAGUACAGCCGCUACACGGCCUUCAGUCUGCCCGACCCGUUUGCCCCGACCCAGCACCUCGUGAUGAAUCUCCUGGACGCGUGGAGAGUCCCGCUGAAGGUGUCUGCAGAGAUGCUGUCGGCUGUAAGACCACCCCCCAAACCGAAGCAGAACGAAGUCUCGAGCGUCCAGCCCUGUUCCAAGAGAGCCAGGAUUGAAGACAUCCCGCCGCCCACGAAGAAGCUAGCGCCGGAGCUGGCGCCUGCCGUGCUGUUCACGGGCUUCGAGCCUGCGCAGGUCCAGCAGUACGUCAAGAAGCUCUACAUUCUCGGCGGCGACAUUGCCGAGUCCGCACACAAGUGCACGCAUCUCAUCGCCAGCAAGGUGACGCGCACGGUCAAGUUCCUGACGGCCGUGUCCGUGGUGCGGCACAUCGUGACGCCCGAGUGGCUGGACGAGAGCCUCAAGUGCCAGAAGUUCAUUGACGAGCAGAGCUACCUCCUCCGGGACGCCGAGGCCGAGGUGCUUUUCUCCUUCAGCCUGGAGGAGUCCUUGAAACGGGCGCACAUCUCUCCGCUCUUCAAGGCGAAGUAUUUCUACAUCACGCCCGGGAUCUGCCCCAGCCUGGCCACCAUGAAGGCGAUCGUGGAGUGCGCGGGCGGCAAGGUGCUGGCCAAGCCGCCGUCCUUCCGCAAGCUGCUGGAGCACCGGCAGGACAAGCCCUGUGGCCUGAACGCAGCCUGA